CCCCCGCCCCCGCCCUCGCCGCAUCACGCCCCGUGGUCGCCCGUUACAGCAACAACUACAGGCCACACGGAGCAGCAGGGACCAACUCCUGACAAUACGGGCCUCAUCAAGAGGUGGGGCCAACGCGGCUGAGGGGGGCGGGUGACACCACGGUAGCAGCUUUUGUAGACAGGAGUAGGACCGUGGCGCUUAAGUGAAGCGCCUCCUCACGGGUUGGUGGCACCAACGUGUUCUACGGAAGCGAACACGGGACAAAGGGAACGAGCGAUGAAGGCGAAAGGCUCCUCAAGAUUAUGGAGCACGGUUCCCUCAACGCGAGCAUGCUGAAGGGAUACCACAGCAAGUGGGACACGUGGACAGCUGAAAGAGCCAAAGCGAAUCUGAGUCCAUGGUUGUACGAAGAAGACGGUGUGGAUAGCGCAGUGAGAGAGCUGACGGUCUUCAUGGCGUCGAGGUGUUUAGUGUACAAGAACCAGAGCCAAACGGUGAAGGGGUACCUCGCGGCUAUCAAGUACUUCCAUAAACAGUACGCAGGCUGGGAGCUGCCCACGUCUCACUUCAGAGUGGUAGCUGUUGGGAACGCAGUAGAAAGACUGCAUGCGAGGGCAGAGACGACACCGUUGGUAAGGCAACCACUCACCGUGCCGAUGAUUAUUGCUGGGAGAGAAAGAGCGCAGACGAAUGCUUUCGGACUACAGGGACGUGGAUGGGGAUCGCUCUCUCAUAUCUCUUGCUGUGCCGAGCGUCUGAGCUAUGGGCCCACCGGAACGGCUUAGUACACGCCGAUUUUUGUCUCACGAGAGGGAACCUCGUAUUCUCCGAAGGAGCGUGUCGGCUAGCGUGGAACGAAACAAGGCGGGCAGACAGUGUAAAAGUGACCUUUCGCGCGUCGAAAUCGGACCAAAAGAGGCGAAGCGCGGUAGUGACGAGAGAGAGAGUAGUGCGGGACGAGGAAGGGGAACAGAUGGCUGAGAAGAUGGGGGCGUUAGAGAUUUUCCUGAAUCUGCUUGACGUGCACCCAGAGUUAGGAAGUAGCGCGCCGCUCAUGCAGUCGGUCAAGCAGGGACGGUGGGCAGUAGUGUCGAGGUCGGAAGCAACGACAGUGCUGAGAGACAUGGCGAGAAGAGUAGGAGAAGACCCAACACACUUCGCGCUGCAUUCAGGGAGGAUAGGUGGUGCGACGCAACUAGCAAAGCAGGGCGCAUCGGUUGUUCAGAUUCAGAAGGCGGGGAGGUGGAAGUCAGGAGCCUUAAUGACGUACGUGAGGGCAGGAGGCGAAGGCGCUAAGUAUGUAUCGCGUGCACUACCGUCUAGCUGAAGGGGAGAAGUAGCGUAGACAAGAGCGCCGAGUAUCGGACCGCGCAAUGGGAUAUGACCUGGGCAUAGACGUCGGGUUGGCCCGAUAAGUGAUACCUAGUGAGUCCGAGAGGAAGUCAAUGGUUUGGCUCAUGGGUUGGAUUUUGGUUUUUAAUAUUAUGUUGGUUUCGGCGUUUCUGAUGUCUUGUCGCUUCUUCAAAUAACCCAUAUUUCUGGAGCAAAAC